AUGUACCAUUCAGUUUUCUCAAUUACGACUAUAUUAUUCAUACUCAUAUCCAUAAUCUUCACAAGGCCGAUGCACCUGAAUAGGAGACAUCUAGACGCUGCAUUAAAAUUGGGUGUCUCAAGCCCUGAUACCAUCACAAUAUCAAGACUUGACAAGAUAGAUCCAUUGGAAUUAACACUUGCACAACCAUCCACUACAUCAAAAUUUGACGAGGUAGAUUCAUUAGGAUUGACACUUGAACAACCAACUUUAUUGGAUUCAACACUUGCAUCACCAUCUACUUUCACAACAAGAAUUAUAGCAUCGCCGGAACAAAAUAAACUCUCUUCAAUAGGAAUUCAAAAGACAGAUUCUUUUAAACAUCGAGCUCAAGAACAACAACCCUUUAGGAUCACAUCAGAUGGUAAAAUAUGGCUAGCGGACCAAAUCGUACAACCCAUAAAGCCAGUGCCUUAUCCACUAGGAUAUUCUCGCAUUUUCAUACCUGAUAGAAAUUUGAUGUUUGAAGGUGAUCCGUCUAGUUUCCCACCACAUACUCUUCAAGGAUCCAGUUCAAGAAAUACACAAAUUCAUGAAGUUCCACCACAAAUCUUACCAAUAUAUUAUGGUUCAGGAUCGCAACCAGUUCAAAGCUUUCCGGUACAUGAUCCAUCUGCCGAAAAUUUCGUAAAUCUCAUGAAAUAUCAACAUCACCCUAUCCUUGAUCCGUAUCCUUUGGAAAAUCAACCUAUAGAGAUUAAAGUCUUAGGAAUCAAUCAAAGUGGAAAAAAAGAAGUACUCCCUUCUCGAGGAAAACAGAAGGAUGUAAUCGACCCCGAUGGACGUAAAUCUUUCAGCACAAUACGUGAUGAGAUGUCUGAUUUAUCGAAAUUUGGAACAUCACAAAUUUGGGAACGUGAUGAGAUUCGACAAGAGAUUGCAACAUGGUUUGAGGCUUUGAAAGAUUUAUUAGUGAAAAGAAUCGAAAAAGAUAAAAUUGUCGGUAUGAAAUCUAGUGAUGUUCAAAGAGCACUUGGUCGUGGCCAAAAGAAAUUAACACCAACUUUCUUUGGAUUUCUGAUCAACAAAUAUAAACCUACGAGAGAUCAAAAUCUCGAAAGCCUUAUAAUUUAUAGUUGGGAUUAUUUGAAAAGUUAUAUGGUUCAAUGGAAAGAGGUGGAUCUUGCAGUGGUUGUCAACUUCAAAUAUGUUCCAGUAGGUACUGGUGUUUGGAAUUGGACUCCAGAAGAGGUCCUAGCAUAUUACAUGUGGGUAGAUAUAAAGAACACCUUGGAAUCUAAAGUCUUAUCAAAGUUCGUCGUUGGCUGGGAGGAGUUGAAUGGAUUAUGA